AUGGGAAACUUUGACUUCAACAAUAUAAUAGCCGAGAUCAACUUGAUUGCUUCUCGCUUUGCAGCGUUAGGCAUCCGCGUUUUCACAAUCUACAAAGGCCUGGAACCUCUCAUAGACCGGGCGCCAUACGGUCCUUGCAGUGAACACGCAGAUGCACUGAAAUGGCUCGAGAAUAGAACAGGGGCCUUUGUCAAUCAGACGUGUAUAGAGUAUCAGGAUAGAGAGCGAUGUUGGUACACCUAUGUGUCCGAACGAGCUGUGAGCAGACGAAACAACGUACCUCUCAUUGUCGAUUUGCACGGUGCUGGUGGUUGUGCCAGUUUGCCUUCUCUUGGUUCUGGCACGAUUGUCGACACGGCAGGUCUGGUUGUCGCCUGGCCGCAAGGGAUAAAGAAGCCCCUUCCUUAUGUGCCUUGGAUCAUUCCAGAAUUAAUCCUCGAUGUGCUUGGUCUCAGUGUGACGAGUUGGAAUGACGGCACUGGUCUCUUUGGAGCUGAGUUGGCGGGGGUGGAUGAUGUGGGUUUCCUGGAAAUCAUGAUUGCCGAAAUUCUAGCGAGAUCCAAUCCGGAUUAUGGAGUCAACAUUGCUAGGGCACGAAUUUACAUGAUUGGACAUUCCAACGGUGCAACAAUGGCACAGAGAUUUGCGCUCCAAUCGGAACCGGGAGUCUUGGCGGGUGUUGUCGCUAUAAGUGGAUCUGGAAUGCCGCAAGAUCCAAUGUGGGUGCCAGGCGGUGAGGUUAGUGAUAACUACAGGAGUACCUCCAUUGCACUAGUUGCAGGCUCCAAGGAUAAAGUCGUGCCGUUUGGAGAACGCCGUGGGCCCUUGGCUGGAGCAAUGGCAUCAUUCGAUGGUUGGGCCAGGCUCAACGAUUGCGAAGACGAUUCCAGAUUUAUCUACGACUUUGAGUACUACAGAAAGUACAUUUAUACGGAUUGUCGAGACGGCAACGAAGUCGUGUUGUACGAGGUGAAGGGUCAGGGGCACCAUCCAUUCAAGAAAGGAAUCGAAGCGUUCCAGAUUGCUUCUCUCAAUACCAUUCCAGAGUGUCCCUUCCGAGGGAUCCCAACGUUCUCGGAAUGUGAUUGUGCGUUGUCGACCAAAGUCGACUCCACAGCUAUGGCUUGGGAGUUCAUAGUUCAAUUUGCUUCGUAG